CCAGCAACGUCACCGCCUCCUAUCUGUGUAAUUUAGCCCGAAUAGCGGACAGACGCUCAGGAUUUAGCGAUAUCGGCGCUGAACUCUGGCCGAUAGGUGCUUCUUCCGUCCUGUGUCAGAGAACCGGGUCGUCCCCGCGGCUCCGCCAUGUCUCCUCGGCGGCUCUGAGCGGACCGUGGAAGCGGACAAAGGAGAUGCUUCCCCGGAGCGCUGAACCUGUUCCCUCCGGUCCGACACAAAGCCUGUGAAGCAGGCCGUGGUUCUCCUCUCCAGUCUCCUGCGGAUGAUGCUCAAACAUGUCGGGGAAUCAUUUCAAAGGCCACGAAGUCAGCUGCUGCAUCAAAUACUUUAUUUUUGGCUUCAACAUCCUGUUCUGGCUGCUGGGCAUGGCCUUGGUGGGGAUCGGACUGUGGGCAUGGAGUGAGAAGGGGGUUCUGUCCAACAUCUCAUCCAUCACCGACCUGGGGGGGCUGGACCCCGUGUGGCUCUUCAUGGUGGUGGGAGGGGUCAUGUUCAUCCUGGGCUUCGCCGGCUGCAUCGGAGCUCUUCGGGAAAACACGUUUUUGCUUAAGUUUUUCUCCGUGUUCCUGGGAAUCAUCUUUUUCCUGGAGUUGACGACAGGGGUCCUGGCCUUUGUUUUUAAGGACUGGAUUAAGGACCAACUUAACCUGUUCAUCAACAACAACAUCCGGGCUUAUCGGGACGACAUCGACCUACAGAACCUCAUCGAUUUCACUCAGGAAUAUUGGGAGUGCUGCGGUGCGUUUGGAGCCGACGACUGGAACCUGAACAUCUACUUUAACUGUACUGAUGGGAACCCCAGUCGGGAAAAGUGUGGCGUUCCUUUCUCCUGCUGCACCAAGGACCCAGCGGAGGAUGUGAUCAACACCCAGUGUGGAUACGACAUCAGAGCCAAACCAGACUCGGAGCAGAAGGACUACAUCAACGUUAAAGGCUGCGUCCCCCAGUUCGAGAAGUGGCUCCAGGACAACCUCACCUUGGUGGCGGGGAUCUUCAUCGGCGUGGCUUUGUUGCAGAUUUUUGGGAUUUGUCUGGCCCAGAACUUAGUGAGCGACAUCGAGGCCGUGAGGGCGAGCUGUUUCUUCACUUAGUUCUGGAGCAGCUUCCCUCUAACAGCACCAGUUUGGAACAUGGUCCCCUUGUGAGCACCGUCUGAGAACGUCACCAGUCACCCCCCCUACUUUCCUACACUGAACCAGCACUUUUUUUUUUGUUUCUAAAGGCACUAAAUAUGUGGAAGGUUUUGUAAAUAACCACUGUGCAACUACUCAACAAAGAUUGCGGACAAGAUUAAGAUGACUGCAGUGUUCCACUUUUGAUAGCUGCAUCUAGUGGCUCUAUAGUUUGUUUUUUCAUUCGGCUCUCGGAGAAAACCGAAAUAAAGAUAAAUAAGCAUCUGAGACGACGACGUGCUGAAUAGAAGCAAUGCAGUAUUAAAAGAAAAGACUGUUCCGAUCGUUGCUACCGACCCAGAACAGUGGAUCGAUUCACACAUGAAGUUUUUUGCUCUACUAAUGCAGUAAAUAUCCGCAAAUGAAGAGUCACAUUUGAUCAUGAUGAGGAAUGUCAAUUUUUCCACAUGCAAACCUGCAGUGGGUUUGGAAAAGAUGUUUACUUAUUAAAGGGAGAAAAUCUGCUUCCUGCAGUUCCAAUGAAUUGCUUUAGGGGCAGUGUUGCGUUGAGAAGGGGAAAAAGCAUGAAGUAGAAAGUCCGUCUUAUUGGGUUUAUGUUGGUAAUCUAAGGAUGUUUUGACCCUUUUGAAGCUUUUAUUUGUCUGUUCUCUUCAUAUUUGCUUCUCUUAUUCUCUCUUCCUGCUUUGGCUGAUAUGGGACAGGUAGACUUUAGGGUCCGAAUGAACCGUUUAAAGCCUGGCAACUGAACUGUGCAUAGUUCCAGAGUUCACCUUCACUGACUGUAUCCGCUCCACUUGAACACUGUAAAGAUUUUCCUAAAUGUUUCGUUUGAAAAAAUCGGUAGAAACAAGUUAAUUCUUACUGUAAAAAAUAUUCACAAGUGGCUGACUGUUAAAGUGGAGCAAAUCCGUCACUAAACCAACUCUGGUGCCGUUUUUUUUAAUCUGUACUUGUACGUUCUCAUGUACGCGAAAAACGUCCUCAGCCCUAGUGCUGCUCCAACUCACAAGAACAAAUAGACCGAGAACGAAAUAAGUCCCCAGAUGUUGUUUUCGCCCCUCCCUCUUUACCCAGCAUGCAUCAGAGCAGACUUGACCGUUCUGAUAUUGACAUCUGUCCCAGCAUGCACUGCGGCAGCUAGCAGCUACCAGGUUAGCGCUCACAGAGCUCAGAGUAUUAAGUUAAAACUUCUCUUUUCUGUUGCCGAUGUUCAAUUAAAAUACGUUUUAAGAUCAUUUGAGGCUAGAACAUAUUUUUAAGCGUCACUAUAUGGCCUAUUUACUGAUCUAAUGCGUAAUUUAAAAAUACAUUUCCAAAUUUGAGAUGACCUUCCAAAGGUAACGGCAGCCAGGGCUAACGUUAGCCCGUCUGCAGCAGUCCUCUCUCAACCUAGCUGUGUGGCUAUGAUGGCGAUAUUUCUUUUUCAGUGAGUGAGUGCUUGUUGCUAUGAUGCGUCUUUGUUCAGCGGGUUUGCUCGUUGUAAACCAACCAAUCAGAGCACAGCUCAUCUAAAUAUUCAUGAUCAUACCAUAAAAGGAAGAAAACCUGUCGUUUCAUUCUAGGGCUUUUAACCCGGCUUCUAUUAGGGCUCAUAGAACAGCAAAUAUGCGAUUUUUAGCCCAACCAAUGUUACGCACCCUAUUCAGAGACCUUAUGGACCAGAUACCCUAUAGAAUCAUUCUAUCACCCCUUUAAGUUAAAGCAAUAGUGCAGAGAAUACCUUACACAACUAACGUCUUUGUUCUAUAAAAUAAGUUUAUGAUGAAGAAAAGCACGACUAGAUGUCCUGCUUUGCCGCUUUUUAGCGACAUCAAUCUGCAGUGGCUGGAAAUGAAGGGUGGGCGCAGGUCUUUGGUGGGUAACUCCAGCUACCUGUGCCCAAUGCGGGAGUAGGAGCACAAAAAGAGGCAGCGUGUGAACAUCAUCUCGUGUUCACUCGAUCUGAACCUCUGCGUUACAGAAGUCAUGCUAAUGUUUGCGCGUAAAGAAAGUCAAACGGCAACAGCCUGACGCCCUCCUCGCAUUUCUAAGUGUAAUCGGUGUUAGCGGUGCACGAGAAAAACUGCUAAGUUUUGAGUUUAAACAUAAUGCAAGGGAACAUCUUUAAAUCGCAUCCAAAAAAAGGUUCUUUCUUAGUACGGACUUUUGAGUUGCCCUUUGCGUUUUUUGUAAUGUGGACAUGUCGACUUAAGGCUUUAGUGCUCCCUCUUGUGGUCAUAACGGGGACUUUGAUGCUUAACAAACAUUUCUUGCCUGGGCUUAACGGCGCACACUUAAGGCCAAUUUAUGCGUCAGACGCAUAGCCUCUGCAGCUGUAAAAUCUGUCUCAGAGGUUCUGCAACCGUCGUCGCGCACCU